AGCUAGUUCCUCUUGUAACUCUUCUCAGUGAACAAUUCCACACACUUUCCAUAUCCAUUAUUCAAACAAUGGAGCGAGUUACUUGGUUCUUCCUGAUAUUUUUGAUCUAUUGUGAGGCGGCUAGCUGCUUAACUAUGGCAGCACAAACCAACCUUAACAUCACCACAGACCGGUCUGCUCUUCUUGCUCUCAAAGCUCGUAUCACCAGUGACCCUCAAAACAUGAUCUUCACCAACUGGUCAACCACUACUCCUAUUUGUAACUGGGUUGGGGUCACUUGUGGUGCACGCCAUCAUCGAGUCGCAGACUUGAACCUUUCUUACUUUAGUCUCACAGGCACCAUUCCUCCGGAUCUAGGCAACUUAUCUUUUCUUGUUGUUCUGGAUAUCAAAAAUAAUAGUUUUCAUGGUAUCUUGCCUCAAGAACUAGCUUGCCUGCGUCGGUUGAAGUAUAUAAGCUUGAGAAACAACAAGUUCAUGGGAGUCAUUCCGUCAUGGUUUGGAUCCUUAUUCAAACUUCAAGUAUUCAGUUUGUUUGGUAAUCAAUUUUCAGGUUCCAUACCAGCUACAAUCUUCAACUUAUCUGAUCUGCAAACAAUUAAUCUGAGUUAUAACCAACUCUCAGGUCCUAUACCAUAUGAGAUUGGUUAUCUUCCAAAUUUAAAGAUAUUGUCGCUCUUUCAAAAUAAUCUAAAUGGCCAUAUCCCAUCCUCAAUCUUCAAUAUCUCCACAAUAACAAUAUUAUCUCUCAGCUUCAAUCAGCUUUCAGGUAGCCUCCCAGCAGACAUAGGCCUUGCGCUUCCAAAACUAGAAGAGUUUUAUGCAGCAAGGAAUCACCUCAGUGGAGUAAUCCCCAAAUCCAUCUCUAAUGCUUCUGAGCUUCGGAUUCUAAGCCUUGAAGGUAGCUCUUUUUCUGGAUAUAUUCCAAGCACUCUGUGCCUCUUGACAAAACUUGAAUACCUCCUAUUGUACGUGAAUAAUUUGACCAUUGAUACCUCUACUCCGGAAGUUAAUAUUUUUUCUUGUCUACCAAAUCUUAGAAAUUUGAAGUUUUUAGCCUUCGAAAGCAAUCCAUUAAAUGCGAAGCUUUCGAUUUCCUUCUGGAAUUUCUCUGCAUCACUUCAAAAACUUUAUUUAGCAAAUUGCAGCUUGAGAGGUAACAUCCCCAAUGAUAUUGGGAAUUUGAGUAGCUUGAUACUUUUAAGCCUCGCAGACAAUCAAUUUAGCGGGCCAAUUCCAAGUUCAAUGGGAAGACUACAUAAUCUUCAAGUUUUGGCUAUGAGUAAUAACACAUUGCAAGGACACAUUCCAGAUGAGCUUUGUCAACUAGGAAACUUAUUUGAAUUGUCCUUGGGUGGGAAUCAACUCUCUGGUUCUGUACCUUCCUGCUUGGGUAAUCUAACAGCAUCUCUUAGAAAUCUACACUUAGAUUCCAAUUUGUUGAAUUCCACAAUACCUUCUACCUUGUGGGGACUUACAGAUAUCUUGGAACUAGACUUGUCAUCCAAUUCUCUAAUUGGACCUCUAUCAGGUGCUGUUGGUAAUUUGAAAGCUGCUGCAUACAUAAAUGUAUCAUACAACCAAUUAUCUGGUAGUAUACCAAGCAGCAUUGGGAGUUUAUUGAAAUUAACCAAUCUCUCGUUGGCACAUAAUAAUCUAGAAGGCCCUAUUCCUAGUUCCUUUGCCACCUGCUUAAGCUUAGAACUUUUGGAUUUAUCUCAGAACAGUCUCUCUGGUGUGAUUCCAAAGUCUCUUGAAGCACUCUCAUAUCUCAAGUACUUAAAUUUGUCUUUCAACAGACUCCAAGGAGAAAUUCCAACUAGCGGUCCAUUCAAAAACUUCUCUACUGAAUCAUUUGUUUCAAACCAUGGACUCUGUGGUGGAUCCCAAUUUCAAGUUCCACCAUGCAAAAGAAAAACUAGCAUAUCUAUCUUGAAGUAUGUUAUUCCAGGGAUCUUGUCAACAAUGCUUCUUGCGACCUCCAUAAUUUGGAUGUUGAUGUUACGCAGAAAAAAGAAUGCAACAGCUGCAGCACAUACUAUCUUGACACCUCAAGUUUUCUGGAGAAGAGUUUCAUACCUAGAGCUCCUACAUGCGACAGAUGGAUUCAAUGAAAGCAACUUACUUGGUACUGGGGGUUUUGGCUCAAUAUAUAAAGGAACAUUGUCAGAUGGGAUAGACAUUGCGAUAAAGGUUUUCAAUUUGGAGUUAGAAGGGGCAUUUACGAGUUUUGAGGUUGAAUGUGAAGUGCUAAGUAAUGUUCGUCACCGAAAUCUUGUCAAAGUUAUCAGUUGUUGCAGUCAAAUUAAUUUCAAAGGUCUUGUAUUGAAUUACAUGCCUAAUGGGAGCCUUGAGAAGUGGUUGUAUUCUCAGAAUUCUUCUUUGAACAUAAUGCAGAGGUUGGAUAUAAUGAUAGAUGUUGCAUCGGCAUUAGAGUACCUUCAUCAUGGUUAUGAAGUACCUAUUGUGCAUUGUGAUUUGAAGCCAAGCAACAUCCUACUAGAUGAUGAUAUGGUUGCACAUGUUGCUGAUUUUGGUAUUGCGAGACUCUUGGGUGGAGGAGAUUCUAUGACUCAAACCAUGACUUUAGCCACAAUUGGGUAUAUUGCUCCAGAGUAUGGAAUGGAAGGAAUAGUGACCAGAAGAGGGGAUGUGUACAGUUUUGGUAUUGUAGUGAUGGAAACAUUCACAAGAAGGAAGCCAACCGACGAGAUCUUCAUUGGGGACAUGAGAUUUAAUCAAUGGGUUGCAAGUUUUCUAGAUGCGGAUGCGAUAGCUGAAGUUGUGGAUGCUACUUUACUUGGAACCGAGGAGGAUCAUGAGUUCGUGAGCAAGAGGGAGUGCUUAUCAUCCAUUAUGAGAUUAGCUGUUGCUUGUUCAGCAGAAUCACCGGAAGAGAGGAUAAACAUGCAAGAGGCUGUAGCCAUGCUUAAAACAAUCAAGAUCAAGUUUUCAAAGCACGCUGCAGCAGGAGGUGUGGUGUUGAACUGUCGUCCUGUUUGGUAACCGUUUAAUGUGUCGAUAUAUCUUGGCGUCUCAUUUGAUUCUGUACCUUAUUAUGUAAUUGUAUGAUAGUGUGGUUCUGACUCAUGUUUGGUUGGUAAUUUACUCCAUUCAAAAAUAACUUCCAUCUAGCUCCUUGCAGUUUUGU